AUUAGUGUGCCGUGAUCCUUUUGAAGUCAUUCUGUGGUUACAGGUUAAGCUCAAAGCCCACCACUCGUCGUACUCUGCGUGGCACAGACAGUAUUUGGAGGGGGAAAAAAAACAGUAUAGGUUCUUAAAACUUUUCAGCCGGGGACCAAAAUGACUUUUUUUUUCCCCCCCCUGAGAUCCAGGAUCAUUAAAUCAUACGAGAGUUCUUGUCAUGUGGAAACCCGCUAUAGAAGGAGGGCCUGCGAACGAUUUUGGGUCUCAACCCAUAAUCCAACCUAGCAAUCUGUGAACUGGAAUAUAUUGUUCAUUUAACCUCAUAUCCUGAGGAUUUUGAUUAUAUUUUGAAAGUAACUUGCCCAACCAGAAUUUCUGUUCCUUAUUAGGGCUGCAGUUCAAAGUCGAGCUCAUUUUCCCCACGAAACAUAAUGCAGACCUCGAGUAGAAAAAUACUCUUUUCAGGACCCAGAUAAAAAUGCAACUAUUAAAAUUAUCCUCAUUAAAACCACUAAUAAUUCUGUUGUUUUCAUGUGAAGGCCAACCAGAGAGGUUUGCGUAACCUAACAUCUAGCAGGAUAUAAAUCGGAUAUACAAGUAUGUUUCCUAACUACUGAUCCCUCAUGUUGCCCCUUCCAUCAUCUUUGAUCAGUUGGCUAGUAAGUAAAAUGUCAGUGUUCAUUUCCAGAUGUAGAUCAAGAUAUCAUCUCUGAAACCUCAAAGUUCACUCCCCUUUUUUUUCUUUCUUUCUCCUUCCUCCACUUGGACGCCCGCGAAUACAGAUCGAAUGAAAUGUUAAACUGUACAUCAUCAUUAUUCCUGGGUCAAAGCUCGGGUAAGUAGCCAAUUGGCCGCGUCGGGACGCUAAACUGACAUCUAUUGGCCAAAUUGUGGCAGGGUAGGAUGUUAAAGUCAUUUAGACUCAUCAGGCUAAGUGGACACAGUUGACUGAGAGGUCUCGAACCUCCCCACGUCUGGUUGCGGGUAGAUUUCGGUGCCAACAAUUCUCAAUUAGAGCAGUGGAUGAGAGGACAUCUGGGCUGCUGUGUCCGCCUGCUUGAUAUAUGUAUAUGAAUGUACGCCAACAGGCCGAAAGUCAUUUCUCAAACGAACCAUACCCGUCCGUCUUUUCACCAGACAGACAUGGCGGAUUUAAUGCAUCAAGUCAAUCAUGAUGGUUUCAAUGUUAUGACAAUGUCAGAGCAGAGAGACGACGUCGUGUAUCCCGCACGUAUAUUGACAAGGAUGAACAUUUCCUCAGAGCUUCAGUUAUCAAUAUUUUUCGAUGAACAAUGGAUCAAAUGGGUGAUGUGAGAGGUAACAGUGGUUGUGGUUGAAUCAAUACCUAAAGAAUGGAUACUGCACUUGUAAUAUUAAUAUUAGUGUCAUUAAAAUUGGGUUGGAUCACAUUCUGGUCACACGAACAAACCACUUGCGUCUCUGCUCCGGAUGUGGAGGAGCAGCCGAAGAGCCAGAGUUUUGGUGGAGACUAAAAAUGAGCUAAAAGGAGAGAGAAUAUUAGACUUGUAUUCGCCAGGUGGUAAGAAAGAGGACUCUGUAUGACUUUGUGUCUGCUGCAUUUGAAAAUAAGCAACUUUUUGCUAUCAUUUUCAGUGCAACGGCUUUGUCAGUCAAGGAAUAUGAAUGUUUCAUCGCACCAAAAAAAAUCUAUUAAUGCAGGUUUAAAAGAAUUCACUUGAUUUGAGAAAAAAAAGUUAUUCAAAGAUUCAGGCUUUUUUGGUUUGUGUCACUGAUUACUUUUAUGAUGUAUAGUCUUACAAUCAAUCGGACCACCAGAAGAGGUCCCAGGCAACAAAAUUCACUGAGGGCCGUUGGUGUAUUUUAAUUUAUCCAUGUCUAUUUAAAAAAAUGACUGUUGUGAAAGUGACACAAUCACAAGGACAAGUCACAUUUUCAGUGUAACAUCAUGUAGGAAAUCAGAGGCGUUAAAUCCAUGACAGUACCGUCACUGCCACAGGCCUGCAGAAGGAGAAGUGAGAAAAAGUGAAAAUAGAAGUAGGAGGCUGAGGAGGAGGAGGAGAAGGUAACGUGCCUCCUCUUCCCCGUCCUCCUCCGUCUGCCCUCUCCACCCCUCCGCUCACCUCACACCACCCGAUGCCGAUCACCGUGCAACUCUCAUCGCUUUUACAAUCACCUCCAUCACGGUCCGGGGUCGCGCACAUCACGCAAGUCUCUCUGUUUGACCGGCUGAGGUGAAUGGGGAUAUUUAGAGAGGUGGGUGCUUCACAUUUUUUGUCGUCUGGAUGGUGAUCAUGCUGAUAUAUGUUAUGUCAUCCAGCCCUUUGUGUCCGUGUGCCUCUCCCCUGCUCCGGUGGCAUUACAGAGUGUCAGCGGAGAUGUUGGCAGGUGCGUUGGUUCUGGGCACCAUCCUCACAGCUUUACCGGGUAUCCAGAGCAGGUGGAGUGUGUCAUUCUCCAGGAGGGAGAUCUGCGUGUGGGCAGGAACAACUGUCACUCUGCCCUGCCGUUAUGACUACCCGUCAGGCCACACUGUGAGGCGAGUCAUGUGGUUCCGUGUGUCUGCGGAGGGCCGCAGGGAGUUCACCCACCACACUGACACAGACCAGAUCAGCCUGUCAUACCGCGGACGCACACGCUACAUUGGGGGCAGCUACUCCAGCUGUUCGGUCCAGAUUCGGGGUGUGAAGCUGAGUGAUGCGGGCCAGUACCACUUCCGGUUUGAGACGGACCAGCCGCUGGGCAGAUGGACCUCCCCCGACACCAUCACUCUCGAUGUGACAGACCUCCAGGUCCACGUGCAUCCAGCCAGGCCGGCCAACAUGUUUGGCUUCGGGGAGACGGUGUUUGUCGGCUGCCAGGCCACAGGAUGUGCUGCACCGGGAAGGAGCCUUGCUCUCCUCAGGAACGGACUGAACCUCGGCUCUUAUGAGAAAUGGAUGAUCAUCACCCGCUUUGACCAACAGCACGCUGGAGCGUACACCUGUCGACCGAUCCCACCACAAAAUGUACAGUCCCCUUCCCUCCUUCUGGCUCUGGGAUACGGUCCUCACUCCACCUCAAUAGCAGUCUUUCCUGGAGGGGAGGUGACUGAGGGGGGGUCGGUCACCCUGGCCUGCAGUAGUGAUGCAGCUCCGCCUGUAGAGAGCUUUGCAUGGUUCAAAGACAUGGAGAGCGGCAGCAUCCCGGACAGUUUCAGGCCUCAGCUGCGUCUGUCCCGCCUCAAGUACACGGACAGAGGAGAGUACUUCUGUGUCGCGCGCAGCUCGCUGGGAACGGACCGCUCCAACCCGCUGCUGCUCAAUGUCACGUACUCUCCAAAGAACACGCACGUGCUGGUGAGUCCUCGAGGUGACAUCAGAGAGGGCUCACCGGUGAACCUGAGCUGUGUCUGCCACGCGAACCCUCCUGCCAGCAGGUACACUUGGUUUCGUAUUCUAGGUGAUCAGGUGUUGGCUAAGGGAACGUUUCAGAACCUGACGUUCCCCUCGGUGCGCGCUCUCCACGCUGGCCAGUACUACUGCACAGCAUCAAACCGAUUGGGAUACCAAACCUCCCUCGUGGCGACACUCACCGUACUCUAUCCUCCUAAGAACACCUCAGUCCUGGCUCGUCCCUCCGGUGUGGUGGACGCUGGCCGACCUCUGACCCUGACCUGCAGCAGUCAGGCCAACCCAGCAGUGGACAACUUCACAUGGCAUCGCUUAGCGCCGGACGGGGGCUCUGUACAAUCAUGGGGCUCCAAGUCUGGUCCUGUUUUCACUUUCUCAGAGGUCGGCCCCGGGGAGAGCGGCCAGUACUACUGUGAGGCCAGGAACCGCAUCGGAGCCCACAGCUCUCCGGUCCUCACUGUCCGAGUCCGAGGUCGUCUUAAGGUCAUUGCCUUGGCAUCAGCAGUGGGCGUGUCUGCUGCUCUCAUCACUCUCACUGUGGCCAUUAUGAUCAGUAAGAACAUGCACAGAGUUGACGUGGAGUCUGUGGAAGUAGCAAACAAGCGUCCGUCAUUAACCGCUGACACCAUGUUCUAUGAGUCAACCCAACACACUGUCCCAGUGAGGAAAGGCAAAAUGUCUGACAUACCGGAAGAGCCUGAGGACAUGAGUGACAGCUCCCACCCCUCCAUCGUUCCUCUAAAGGAUGCUCCACCAAUCACAGAAGUUGAAACCUGCAACCCCGGCCCCAACCACUUCACCGUCCACUACACCAGGUUGUCCAGUGCAGACCAGGUGCAGGUCCACAGCCUGCCACGAGGUGGCGAUAGAAAACCAAAGGACUCCCCCAAAGUUGUUUACGCCUUACUGCCCCAGCCCGGCCCCUGAACUGAAGGAUACAGCUGCUGAACAAGACAUAAUCCGUCCUCCUGUGAACCAGUCACUUUGCUUCCAUCUGUGCAGAGACGGCUGUGGAAACCACAGACGGCUCCUUGUGAACUGUAGAUGACUUAUGCUGUUCUGGGUCAGACGUGUUGUUACGGGAUUCUCCACGGUUCUUCAGACCCUGAGGGCAACUCGAGGCCGGGGGUCCUGCCACUGUGUUGCAUGUCUUUUCUUCGUUUUUGUUUUGUUUGUUUUUUUUGGGGGGGGGAGGAGGGGUUCUCUGCUAUGAAUCUUACCACAAUAUUCUGUCUGAUGAAGUGAAAGUGUUCAAAAGCAGAAACAAGGAAUACUUUAUUGAUUCCCAGGGAGAAUGUGGUUUUGUUACAGUUGCUCCAAACAAAAAUAUGAACAUAUACAGACCCUAAAAUUAUAAUAAAUAGAAAUAUAGUAUAUAAAUAUGAAGUAUGUCAAAUUAUGUGCAUUAUCCUACAAUAUAUAUAUAUAUACACACAACAGCUUGUGGUAAUUGCUAUGCAAAUAUUAACAAGAAAUAACAAUAAACCGGUGUAGAUAAACAGUAAUAGGUCUGUAAGGGGCUAUUGACUCAGAGUGUCUGACAGUCUGAGGGAGGAGUCUGAUGACCACAGGCAUGUGGCGCAAGGUGGCGCCUAUCAGUGGAAUACUGUAAGUCUCUUGCUUACUGUACUCCUGUGCUUAGCCAGCAUGUCCUGGAGUGAGUGGGAGACAUUGUCCAAAGAUAGCCUGUGACUUGGACAGCAUGUUGAAUCCGUCGGUGUCUUCUACCCUCAACCCCCCGCUUCCCCAUAGCACAUAACAGCAAUGUGGCCCACCACAGACUCAUCAUCGUCCGGCAGAUGUUGAAGGAUCUCAGCCUCCACAGAAAAUUAGGGACCGCUCUGGCCCUUCUUGUAGACGGCUUCGGUGAUCUUGGUCCACAGAGGCCCCCCCUGGAUGGAGACAGGGCUCGCCAGGUCCUUGGUUUCUCCUCCGAAUCCACAACCCAGCUCCCUGUGUCACAUUGAGCUGCCGAUGGUUCCGCUCACACUGUAACAAGCUGCAUGCGCGGUCAAUGCAUGAAAGGAAAGGCUAAAUAGGGAGCAUCAACACCAAUAGCCAUUUUACCUGCAUUCAUAUCCAUAUUUAAAUAAUGCUUCACACUAACAUUUGCUCUCAAGAAUAUGUAGAUGGCACAAUGUGCGUUAACCUUUGCAACCUCCGACUACUGGAAAGUGAUAAUCUUUUGUAUUCAAACAUCAUUGUCCCCAAUAAAAGUGACAGGGUGUUAUUGAACACAAUAGCGGAGAAAAGCAGACGUCAACAAAGAAUAUGCAAUAUUUGACAUGAGUUUCCCCACUGUAUUCUACAAUGCUCCACGUAGGCUUGUUCUGAACGCCAAUGCUGCAACACUUAUUCAGUUUACACAGCUCGCUUUCAUUAAAUCAGUCGUUCCAUUUUUACUGUACGUAGUGUACGCUACGCCGGGAACGCUUCAAAAUUACACAUUGUAGUUUGUUACCCUAAAGCAAAAUAAAAGAAAA